CGAAGAGUGGUAAGGUGAGUGGCGCGCGAGCUCUCUCCGUUACCGACAGUCAGUAUCACCGACAUAUUCGUGUCUGUCCGUCCGUCCGUUCGUCGUAUCGCGACACGAAAUCGUCAAAUAAUUUUUUUUCGUUCUACACGGGUCUCCCGAAAACGGAAGAUUCGUGCAAGUGGAUUGCGAACAAGUAUAUUUUCUGAGUUUUAUUUCCCCGUACCGUUGCGUCUGCAUACGAGGAAAUUAAAAAUAAAAAAAAAAAAAAAUCGCUCCGCGUUUAUUUUUCUCUCGCUCGCGAGUGCACCGGCGGAACACGACACACACGGCCCGCGCGUCUGUAUUAUAGUUUUGUUACGAUAUAUUUAAAGCUCGUUCGAAAAAAUAUUAAAACGCGCCAUAAGUAAACUCGGUGUGCGUUGGCCAGCGCGCGCGUGUGCAUGUGACAUGGAUACAUAGUUUGACUUUACCCAGGACGAAAAUAUCACAUAUCGACGGACAACGGUCGCGGAUCGAUAAAGGUGAUGAAGACUCAUUUUAUUUAGGAGUAUUCAUCUAUGUAUUCAGUUUCAAACGAUCGGCUUUUCAACGGAUAUAACUGUAUUUUAGAGGUCGGUAUCCCGUAAGAUGAUAACCACCGUGGGCCGACAGAUUGGUGCAGAUGAACAACAACCAACUGCGGCGACAACAUUCGAUCACAUCAGUGCAGGACAGACGACCGGUGACAACGACGGCGGCGACGGCGAUAGUCCAAUGCCGCCGCACUGAUUUCGGUGGCGGCGGCGGCCGCGGCAGCGGCGGUGCCGACGUGAGACGUGCGCGCGCUACCGGUCAGUCGGUUUUCUACGACGACGACGGUGACACGACGAUGGCCGCGUCCGUGGCAAUGCUCGAACGCUUCCAACAACCGGCGACUGCGGUGAUGGCAACGUCGCCGGGCCCGGCGAUGGCCGGUGCCGACGGUGACCACUCGCUCCGUCACCGUCAUUACCGCAACGGGUACCGGCCGCAUCACGCGACCAAGUACAACAGCGUUUCGGCCGGCAGCGCGUUGUCCAAGUCGAUGCGGUACGCCGACGGUUGGCUUUACGAGCGUGACGCUGGCGGCACGGUGGGUCACGGCCGCGGUGACGGUGUCCGGAAUAAGGCGCGCAGCACGUUUCUGGGCCGCGAGCACUUCGGCCCGGCGGCCGCCGCCGCAGCCGUGGCCGCCGCCGCUGCGGCUGCAGCCAUGGCGGCCAACACGGCACCGAUCGCGGUGGCCGAGGACCCGUACGAACGCGUCCGUAAGAAUCGUAUGGCGGGUGCGACGGCGGCGGCCGGAAAACUCGACCGGAAACGGAACCGGAGCAGUUCGCCGCGCACACCGUCGCCCGACUACGACGACACGGUCGGUGGAAGCGCGAACCUCAUGAUGUUGUCUUCGCGUCGUUCGAUUCUUGAGUGCAACGUCAACCCGUACGACUUGUUGCGGCAGCCCGACGACGAAGAUUUCGACGACGACGACGUCGACGACGACCAGGAUGAUGGCCGCCCCAGAAGGUUAUCGCUCAAAGACAAGUUCAUGAAUCGGAUACAGGACACCGUCGUGUUUACAAAGAGCAAGAGUACGAACGUGGGCGGAUUUGGCUCGUUCUCUUCAAACGGUUCGGUCAAAAAGACCGCGGCCGCGGACUGGACGACCAACAGUGGCGUCAAUAUCGCCGGACACACGGUUCGGCUGUUAAAGGACGGCAAAAAUACGACCAACCGAAAAAACUCGUCCUCGGUAUGGUACGACGAUGGGUCGGCUUCGGAUACGUUGCCGAAUACCACCACCACCACCACCGCUACCAUCAAAAACACCAACAACAUGCAAGAUCAAUCUCCAGUCAGACCUCCGCGGCGCCGGUGUAAGCCCUUGUCCGGCGUCGGUGCAUCCGGCCCGACCAAGCGAUCGCAUUCAUUGACCACCGGUAUGACGCCCGUACUUGCUGAGAUCAAAUCCAUUUUGAAGAAGCCCACAUCCUUGACCACGGACGAUUUGAGUCCGGUCAGGUCUCGGACUCCGGUCGCUUUGCCCGCAGCUCCAACGUGUAACGGGAUGCAAAAGAAGACCAAAAAACAAGUGCAAUUCGACAUUGUAUCUGAUGUCAACGAGAAAUCAAACAAUGGGCCGCCGGAACCGGUACCGGAAAUUUGUAUUGAAAACACAAUAUCAACGUCACCGAUUUCGAAGAUGACGAUGACGCCGUCGACUAAACAACAGCAACAAGACAACCGAAAAGAUUCAAUCGGUACUGAUGUGAUCAUGGCUGCCGUCGAACGGAAGCUGAAGCGGAGCCUGAGCGACAGACAAAAUUCCGGUAAUGGGUCGGGGUCGGACGAGGUGACGGUGUUCAACGAUACGAUGCGGAUCCACGUAAGACACAAGGCCAGACCGGACACCCGGGCCGCGUUCGACAGACCGGCUGAACCUCCUCCGCCACCGCCACCACCCGCGCCACCAGUACCGGCGCAAGUGCCGCCGUCCUCGCCAACGGUGACCGAACUGUUUCUGCGCGACGAAAGCAGAACGGAUGGCGCGGCCAGUGGAUGCGCCAACGACGAGAAUAGGACGGUGGUGCAAGUUUCGCCAUCCCAGGAGCCCGGCGACCGUGCGGGAUAUCCCGCGGAACCGGAACAGAAAACGUCCAUAUUGAUCAACUCGAGUCCGGGAUUGAAGACGUCGGUGAUUAUCGGCGAGGGCGGCGCGGCGUACGCGGCGUCGUCAGACAACAAGGUGACCAUCAGCAUCGGGCCGACAAAGUGCGCGGGUCGCGGUGGUAGGGCUGUGGGCAACUACCGGAGCAACGUGACGGUCGUGGACCGCGCGGACUCGCGGAUGUCCGAAUUCAUCCGGAUGAACUACGACCCGGUGCAGGCGGCCCGGUUGGACGUGACGCCGCACGUGUGCGGCCGCAGGUCCGCAGCCACGUCGCUGGUCAGCCCGUACAGAGUGUCGGAGAUCGAGAAGCGCGUACCGUCGUCCGAUGACACCGAGUCCAGUUCCGAGUCGUGUUACGCGUCAGCCAAGGAGGACGCGUCGUACUCGUCGGCCACGUCGUCGUCAUCGUCGUCCGCGUCCUCGCUGUCGUCCUCGUUUUCGUCAACGUGCUCAUCCGCGGCCGUCCGCAACGGUUGCGUAUCACCGGCGCAGCACAAUCACUACGACACCGAGCCCAUUUACGAGGAGAUAUCGGAAUCGCCCACGCCGCCACCGUUGCCCUCGUGCCCGCCGCCCGACCGCGUGGACCACCACGAGCCGGCCACCUUACCGUCCCGGUCCAUAUUCGAGGGGGCCACCAAGUACGACAUCAUCAAUUACCUGGUGGACGCGAAACGCCGGUGUGGCUCGCUGCACGACACCAGCUGCCAUCCCAAGUUCGUGGUGGUGGCCGAUGAACACGGCGCGUCCGAGUCCGAGGCCAACGGCACGUGCAACGACUCUGGUGAGGAAUACGGCAGCGGCGGCGGUGGCGGUGGCAGUGUUGGCGGCGUAGCAACUUUGGCCACGCUGCAGUCGGCCACAGUGGACGUGGCCAAAAAAGCCACGGUGGACAUCGAGCGCAACGAUUCGGGAGUCGGUUCGGAGACGAGUCAGAGUUCGCGCAGCAAGUGGCAGCAGCAGCACGAGACGCAGCACAGUUGCGAGGACUGCGAUCAACCAGUCGAAGUACAAACGACCGACAGCGGCAUCAUGUUCGCUCCGCUGGUGUGCCGCAAGUGUCACAAGCGUAGGGCCGAGCGCCGGGAGAUCAUAGCGGAGAUCGUAGAGACGGAGGAGAAGUACGGCCGAGACUUGGACAUCAUCACCGAGGAGUUUUACCGGCCCAUGAUGGUGGCCGGUCUGCUGAACGCCGACCAGCUGGCCUCCGUGUUCCUGAACGUGGCCGAGCUGAAGGAGCACAGCGCUGCGCUGUCGCUGAAGCUGCGCGACGCGUACGAGAUAGCCGUGGAACAUGGCGAUGACGACCUCCUGACCGUCAACAUCGGUCGACUGUUCCUGGAAGCCUCGCCGUCCAUGUUGCACGCGUUCCAGUCGUACUGCACCCGACAGGGUAACGCCGCUCUGCUAUUGGCAAACCUGGAAAAGGAGAAAGAGUUGUUGCGAAUAUUCUUGCGGGUGUCGCAAAUGGAAAACGCCGUACUGCGCCGGAUGAACCUCAACAGUUUCCUUAUGGUGCCCGUGCAACGCGUGACCAAGUAUCCGUUGCUGUUGGCCCGUCUGUACAAAGUCACGCCCGAACACCAUCUGGAAGCGAGGCAGACGCUCAACGAGGCGAGGCAUAAAAUACAAUUGCACCUGGAACACAUCAAUUCGCUGGCCAAAGACAUCAGCUCCACGAAACUGUGGCGGAAGAUCUACGCGAUCAACGGGAAACGACCGGAUAGCGAGGACCUGGCUGAUAUCAAGUUCCGCAAGGUGGCUGUUGACGUACUCGAAUGGUCAGGACUCGGCGAAGAGAUCCGGUUCGCCAUAGAGGGACGACUGCUUUACACGCAACCGUCUGAUCACAACUGGAGGCGGGGUGGCAGGACCAUCAAGCUGAUGCCGAUAAAUGCAAUCAUCGUAACCCUGGGAAAGCCCAACGACAACUAUAACCCGGAUGCGGAUGACAUCGCGUUUCCGAAACAGAACGGCAUUCGAGACGCUUCGUUGGUGUUGCUCAAAGAAAAGAGUGGCCGGAUCAGUUUGCUCCGGGAACCGAUGUACCUAGACCGAUGUGUAGUGUGCUGUGAAAGCGACUGGGAUGAUUAUUUUGAACUGCACGAAAUCACCACCAAGGACACGUACAUAUUGAAAGGCCAGGACGGUGAACAAACGAAAAUGUGGUACCGUCAGCUGCAGUAUCAUUGCCAAACGCUCGGAUGCUGGAGAAAAAGAAGGAAUGCACUGGCGAACAUUAUGAUCAACAGAAACUGUACAUAGUCGUGUAUCUCCUCAUCGACCAUCACUGAUCGUGUACGAAAACCGUCGGUGAAGUGAUACACACACGUAUUAUGAUUAUGAUUAUUAUUACCAAAAAUACAAUUAGAAACUGACAGUCGUUACCAGUUAUAUAUGACGAUUUUUUUUAACUUAAUAUAUUAUUAUAAAUUAUUAAAUAACACCAUUAUUGUGUCUAUAUGUUAUAUACAUGUAUACUUUACAUAUUACGGUAAUUGUUCGAUUACGAUUUCUCGACAAUCCUCUAGUUCGUGAACCGAAUUACAAAAUAAAUUAUUUGUGCGGAAAUUUUAUAUAUAUACGUUUACAAUUAUUAUUAAUGUACAUUAUUUAAUUUGUAUUAAAAAAAAAAAAAAAAUCGGUACUUAAGUUUAACAUUAACAUUACGUAGAGUCGUAUGUAAAACUUAUUAGUGAAAACUGACUACAUCGAUUUGUGAAACUAUAUAAAAAGGUUUA